AUGGCAUCUUCCGUCGACGCGCUCACUCCACAGGCCGCUCGUGAGCAACUGCCCUCCCCCGAUGCUGGCCACGCUCAUCAGGCCAAGCCAAAGCGUACCAUCAGCCGCGCCCAACUGGCACAUCGCAUCGCUCACGGAGAAGUUCUGGUACUCGCCAAUCGCUACAUCUACAAGCUGGACAGCUGGGUCAAGAAGCAUCCCGGCGGUGAGCUUGCUGUUCUUCACUUUGUGGGCAGGGAUGCCAGCGCAGAGAUGUCCGUCUAUCACUCGCAGGAGACCUUGAAGAGAAUGGGCGCCUUUGCCGUCGCCAUGCUCGACGAAGAUGACUGGUUCGGCGUUCAGAGGGCGGAUGGAUCUAGAGAGGGUUUCAAGCCUCUCGUACCCCCCGUUCAGCUCGGAUACCGCAACGGCAAGCUGGACCACCCUCACGCCCACGACGAUCUUUGGGAGCGCAAGGAAGCUACUGUCCUCGAUCGCAAGGCUGGCGUCGUUCCCAGAGGACUCAGUCCCACUGCCGGUUCCGAUUCGGGCUACUCCGAUGGUCAAUCGUCUUUGCCUGACCAAGACGACGACGACCCUCGGCCACUGUCCUUCCCUUUGCCCGUUAAAGUCCUCGAGCCCCCUGCCGAUCCCGAGGGCAUGGAUGCAGCUCGCGAGCAUGCCAUCGCUGAAGACUUCAAGCGUCUGCAUCAGGAGGUUCGCGAUGCAGGCAUGUACAAGCUCAAUCCUAUGGGCUAUGUCCGAGAGUGUACCCGCUACACACUCCUAGCAUUGACCUCUGCCCUGCUCUGGACCUACGCAGAUGGUCGAACAUCUUGGUUCAUGGCUUCGGCGUUCUUCCUCGGACUCGUCUGGCAUCAGUUGACCUUCUCUGCACACGAUGCCGGCCACACGGGUAUCACCGGACACCAUGCUGUGGACCGUAUGAUUGGUCUCUUCAUUGCCGACUUUUUGGGUGGUCUCUCUCUCGGGUGGUGGCGAGACAGCCACGACGUCCACCAUCUGGUCACCAACCAUCCCGAGCACGAUCCUGAUCUCCAGCACAUGCCCUUCUUGGCCGUCACUCCCCGUUUCCUCGUCGUUGAGGACAAGGAUGCAAAAGGCAAUGAGCAGAUUGGCGAUAAUGACAACAACAAUGGAAAGACAAAGACAAAGACCGAGCUUGGUCUCUGGUCCUCUUACUACCGUCGUGUGUUAGCCUUUGACGCUGCAGCUCAGUUCUUCUUGACCUUCCAGCACAAGAUCUACUACAUCCUACUGGGUGUCGGUCGCUUCAACCUCUACGCCGAAUCGUACGGCUAUCUGGCAAUGAACUCGAAGAGAGACCGCUGGUUCUGCCUCGAGUUGAUCGGCGUCGUCUUCUUCUGGUUUUGGUUCGCCGCCGUCUUGGCCGGAUGCCCUAGCUGGUCCGUCCGAAUCGGCUACAUUCUAGUCAGCCACAUCACCACCAGCCCACUCCACGUACAGAUUGUCCUCUCCCACUUUGCCCAGUCUUCCGAAGACAAGGGUCUGACCGAGUCCUUCCCCUCGCGCCAGGUGCGCACGACAAUGGACGUCGAAUGCCCUCCCUACCUCGACUUUAUCCAUGGCGGUCUGCAUAUGCAGGUCACUCAUCACCUCUUCCCUAGGGUACCUCGACACAACUUGCGAGCCUGCAGGGAUCGGUUCACCAAGCCCUUUUGCGCAAAAUGGAACCUCGAAUACGAGGAAUACCAGUUCACCGCGGGCAACAAGAGGGUACUGGGCGUGCUCAAGGACGUGGCUGACCAGGUCAAGAUUCUGGGAAAAGUCGCAGCUGCUCAAGCCCGAGGUGAGAUUGAUCACUGA